AUAAAAGUGAACCCCUGGAAAAACAUGUUUUGUUUUGGCAACUUUCCGGACAACUUUUAUAGAAAAAUUCGCCAAAUUCCCUUCACAAUUGCUGUAACGAAUUUAGAAAACGAGGACCAUGAAGUGGAAGACCCAGUGCCUUAUCAUUCCAAUGCUAUCAUCAUUGAGAUUAGAGACUUCAGCCAGUUUGAAGAUAUUCUCCGAAAAGCAAAGGAUACGCCGUUUUGGCACCCACACUCUAACGUUAUAAUAUAUUACCAGGAAGUAAAUCGUCUCAGUGUAGCUAAAGUGUUCUACAUUCUUUGGUAUUACAGAGUAUGUAAUGCUAUCAUAACACAAUAUGAUAAAGAGAUGGAUAUGUUUCUCAUAUCCUACUACAAUCCGCAUGUUACCGAAAAAUAUCAAUUAGACUAUGCUUAUGGUUGUUGGAAAGCAAAAAAAAUAGGUAUGCCUGUGCAAGACUUCCAUACAGGGUUCGUUUGCGUAGAAGAAUGCAAAAAUGUGACAUUAGAAUCGAGUUUGCGUGCUGAUAAUCUGGGCACCUGUAUAGGAAUUAAAUCAUAUCGUAUAAGGUAUAGUGAUAUCGCCACACUACGGGCUUUAAAUCUGUUUGAAGACAAAGGCAAAAAUUUACAUGGUUACACUCUGCGCGCGUUUACUACAGAAGUCUUGCCGUUUUUGACAAUCACUGAAAAUGCCGACGGAACGUAUACUCUUGGCGCUAGAGAUGGUAUGAUCUGGAACACGUUAUCAAAACUUAUGAACUUUUCUAUAGAUUUGUCGCCUAGCUUAAAAGUAAUGAAACUGCCUUUUAAAGUUGAAUUAAACAUUCAACAGGUAUUUUCUUUAGCUCACCGUAAAGCCGAUUUAUUCUUGAUUCCUAUAUAUCAAUUUGAUAUGGUAGUUAUUGAAGUUGAUUACACUUUUCCAAUAAGAGAUAGUGGGGUCUGCUUUGUGUCGCAUCGAGCUGGGUUUGAAAAUAUUUUGUUCGAUACAAAAUUAUUGUAUUCUAAAUGUACGUUAGUAAUACAAUUCUUUGUAUGUAUGUUGUGCGUGUGGUUACUUUUCGUUAUAUUCAAUGUUGUUGAAAUGGGAGGCACCACCCUCGAUCAAAUCGGGAAAGAUUUAUUAAAUACUGUGAGAAAUGUGUUAUCAAUAAAUUUACACAAACCACCUAAUCAAAGAUCAUUUCGCAUAUUUAUGGGAGUGUCUUUGUGGAGUUUCUUUAUUUUGAACUUCUUUUCGCAGGCGAGUAUAACAUCGUUUUUUACUGCCGUUAAAAGGGGCAAAGAGGUUGAAACCUUUGAUGAUGUUAUAGAAAAGGGUUAUCCUAUAGAAGGAAUGGCAUCACCUGACGUCCUAUUGCCGACUGAAGAUGCAAGGUUUCGAAAAUUAUCCGAGAAAAUCGUUCCCAUUCAGGAUACAUUUACUUGUAUAAAAAAAAUGAGAAACGAUAGUAAGCUAUUUUGUCUUAUGGAUUGUUCGGUAGGUCGGUAUGUAGAAACUAAUUUUUUAAAUGAUAAAGGAGAGCAAUACAUGCAUAUCGCUACAGACAGAAUACAUAGUUACUACCUGAACAUAAUAUAUCCUAAAUAUUCUGUUCUGUCGACUCAUACAAACAAGUUUAUGAUGAAAUUUAUCGAGGCGGGUCUCAUUAAAAAAUGGGAACAGUACAAAUUUAAGAACUUGAAAACUGAGUCUGCAAUAAAACCUUUGGGUAUUGAUGACUUCAAGGGAAUUUUUAACAUGUAUUGUCUGUGCCUUGUUUGUAUACUUGGUGUUUUUUUGUUGGAAGUCUUUUUAGGUAAUGCAAAGAGAAUUAAAUCGACGUGCUUGUUAAAGUAUAAAAAAUGGAACAAAAUAGGUACUUGUUGCUCGAAAGCAAAUGAAAUCUGAAAAUCAAUUGAGUAAGUACGUAAAUAAAUUAAAGAAAGUCAACGUUCAUACGCUGACGACAUAGCUUAUUUUUAUUGUUAUCACACAAGUUGUAGCUAUCAUUUAGCAU